CAAUAGCAACUCCCACUAUGUAGAUAUAUUACACGUAUUUGUAUGCACAAGGUUUCUUGUUCACAAAGACAACUCAAAUCUCUCUCGAAGCACAAUGGGUCAGGGAGCUUCCGGCGGUUUGAAUCGGCAAGGUCUGCCGGGCGACAGAAAGAACGAUGGCGACAAGAAGGAGAAAAAGUUCGAGCCAGCGGCUCCGCCUGCCAGAGUUGGCCGGAAGCAACGUAAACAAAAGGGGCCGGAGGCAGCGGCGCGGCUGCCGACGGUGACGCCUCUGAGCAAGUGCAAGCUUAGGCUGCUGAAGCUGGAGCGGAUCAAGGACUAUCUUCUAAUGGAGGAGGAGUUCGUCAGUAACCAGGAGAGGUUGAAGCCGCAGGAGGAGAAGACUGAGGAGGAUAGAUCCAAGGUCGAUGAUCUGCGUGGAUCUCCGAUGAGUGUAGGGAAUCUGGAGGAGCUGAUUGACGAGAACCACGCCAUCGUGUCGUCGUCCGUGGGUCCGGAGUAUUAUGUGGGGAUUUUGUCGUUUGUUGAUAAGGAUCAGCUCGAGCCUGGUUGCGCCAUUCUUAUGCACAAUAAGGUUCUUUCUGUUGUUGGUCUUCUCCAAGACGAAGUUGAUCCAAUGGUGUCCGUAAUGAAAGUUGAGAAGGCUCCAUUGGAAUCAUAUGCUGACAUAGGAGGCUUAGAUGCCCAGAUACAGGAAAUCAAAGAAGCAGUUGAACUCCCUCUAACACAUCCUGAACUGUAUGAGGACAUUGGUAUCAAGCCUCCUAAGGGGGUCAUACUAUAUGGAGAGCCUGGAACAGGAAAGACCUUGCUUGCAAAGGCAGUUGCAAACUCUACAUCAGCAACUUUCUUACGUGUUGUUGGCAGUGAGUUAAUUCAAAAAUAUUUGGGAGAUGGGCCAAAAUUAGUGAGGGAGUUAUUUAGAGUUGCUGAUGAUCUCUCACCUUCAAUUGUCUUCAUUGAUGAAAUUGAUGCAGUUGGUACAAAGAGGUAUGAUGCUCACUCAGGUGGUGAACGUGAAAUCCAGAGGACCAUGUUGGAACUGCUAAACCAGUUAGACGGUUUUGAUUCAAGGGGAGAUGUCAAAGUGAUUCUUGCAACAAACAGAAUUGAAAGUUUGGAUCCAGCUUUGCUUCGGCCUGGUCGAAUAGAUAGGAAGAUUGAAUUCCCUCUUCCUGACAUUAAAACAAGAAGACGCAUUUUCCAGAUACAUACAUCAAGGAUGACAUUGGCUGAUGAUGUUAACUUGGAAGAAUUUGUUAUGACUAAGGAUGAGUUUUCUGGAGCUGAUAUAAAGGCAAUAUGCACUGAAGCUGGUUUGCUUGCUUUAAGAGAACGGCGUAUGAAGGUGAGGCUUGCUCUUCUAUUUCCUCUUAUAGCAAGGAAGGAAAUUUCAUUGUCUAAUGAUUGUGUAUGUGUGAGCACUGCAUGCAUGUAUGAUUUUUUUCUUUCCCCUUUUUGUUUUUGCAUGUGUGGGAGAGGUUGGGGUUGCAUUUUUCUUGUUCACUAGAACUGGGAGUAUAGUUUUGCAGAGCAAGUGAAUUUUCUUUAAUGGCAACAGAAGUAUCAUUAAUAAAAAAGACAAAGAAGAUAGAGAUCCUUCAGGGAAUAUAUAUAUAUAUAUAUAUAUAUAUAUAGGAAAAUGAAAAAGUUCCACAGUAAGUAUUGUUAUUUGGUGAGAAGUUUGCUUGCAUUUAGGUAUAUGCACUUGAUCAUUAACUCUUGAUUAUAAGGAAUGCUUUCUAAACUAUAAUAUAUGAUUAAACCCUCAAAAUGUUAAUGAAUCUUUGAAGUUGUUGAAUCCCCAACUUUGAAGCUAAUUUUCAACAAUUUAGUGCCAAGAAAAAGUAAAGUUCUUUGAGACUAUUUGCCUUCCCUUUGGCUCUUGGGAUGGGAAGCAGGUAAAAUAAAUUCCUUGGCAAACUGACCGUCUCAGCUCAUCAUCCAUUUAAAAAAACCCAUUUUCUAAGACAAGAGGCCUUAAAGUUUGUUAAGAUCCUUUUCUCAACCAUACUAGACCCCUUUAAAUUUGGGCACUAACCCGUUAGAGGAGAGAUUCACUUUCUUCAUUCCAAGGCGCAGUUUCUUAGAUUGUUUGGUGUUGUUGGCCUGUUGUUCUGCUGCUAAUGUUAUCUCUCCAAUAAAAUGAAGAUUCAGUGCAGGAGCUUUAAGUUAACCCUAGUUGUACGUAAACAAAAACACAAAAAUAUAGAGAAAAAAAAAAAUAGAACUUCUAGUGGUUGACAUGGGUGGACCCAGGUAUUGCGUCAAAAAUUGUCCAACUCCCCAGUUGUCCAUGGGAAGAACCAUCUGACAAGUAUUAAGUUAUGAAAGUAGCAUAUGCAUUACUGUGAUUUCAAGGUGUUCCAGGAAGAAGUUGAAUGCAUUACCUGACUACAUGUUUGCUGAUUUUAGUCACCUAGGACCAGGAUCCCAAUUAAAUUUGACUGGUUAAAUACUGUGCUUCAGGUGACUCAUGUAGACUUCAAGAAGGCAAAGGAGAAGGUGAUGUUCAAGAAGAAAGAAGGGGUGCCAGAAGGACUUUACAUGUGAAAACACUGCUACAUAUGUACUCCAAGAUUAUGGAUAUUGCUUGCUUGCUUUUUUUUUUUUUUUUCCCUUCUGUGGUUUCUUCUAGGUAUUGCACAUUUCAUCUUAAAGUUACACUUCUUCCCCUGUGUUUUAGACACAUUAAUACAGCAUGAUAGCAGAGUCCUUCAUGAUUGGACAAAGCAUGUGUUUUUGAAGCAAUCCCUUGAAUUUGGAUGCA